AUGAAUGGCGGAGGAGACGCCCAAAACGGGCCAGCAAAGCAGCUGACGGCCGAAUCACUGCCCGUGUUCAACGAAGGAGUAUACUUGAUUCUCUCCCGAUGGUCUGCUCUCCAGCUCGCCAUCGAAGAAGAAUGGGCUGGCCGCCGCUCCCGCCAGUUGGCCGAUCAACUCGCUUCCGACAUCUUCUCCUGGUUCACCCAGGCCAAAGCCGAGCCGCUUUACAUCGAUGAUUUAGAGAACGUUCUCGACGAAGGGAUGCUUUCUCUCAAUUGCGAGAUUGACGAUGGUAGCGUAGAGGAGGUGGCCGAGAAGUUGAUGAUUAUGCAUGAGGAAUGUUUGGAAGGUGAUUAUAGCUCUGUUGAGAAGUUGAGAAGAGCAGGGCCUGCAGCAGGGACUCAACAACAUAUUAGACAGGCUGGCAAUGAUGAUAACGAUGACUCUUCGGAGGAUGGAAGUGAUGAUGAAGGUGAUAUGAUGCCUGGAAGUAGAUCAAAUAUGGCAGUGGAUUCGCCAGUUCCUCAGCCUAGGGCGAGUUCGGAGAACAGGCCUAAUGAAAGUCAGAUGGAGGACGAUGGGUGGACGACUGAUAGUACCCGAGUUUCUUUUUGGGUUCCGGAAUCGAUUCUGAACUCUAGCACAACUGAGAUGGUGGUUGAAGAUGAAAGCAACGAGAUGCAGAAAGUUUUCCACAUGAAAGGCGGAUUAGGGGAAGAGAGCUAUGCCCUUAACUCAAAAUCCCAGAGCGCCUACUUAUCCAGAGCGAUGCAGGUUCUGGAUCAAGCAGUUCUGGACCUCUGCACUGCCGGAUUUCCAGCCAACUCGUUUAACAUAGCAGACCUCGGAUGUUCUUCAGGACCAAACUCUCUGGUCGCGGCUGCGCAGAUCACAGGCAUCAUCCAUCAGAAGAGCUCCCAGCUCGGCCGAACGCCUCCGGAAUUCUCUGUCUUCCUGAACGAUCUUCCGGGAAAUGAUUUCAACACGGUUUUCAACUCCCUGCCGUCUUUCCAGGAGAAGCUGAAAACAGAGCAUGGGCAAGAUUUCGGGCCCUGUUAUGUUUCAGGCGUUCCGGGCUCUUUCUACGGCAGGCUUUUCCCCUCCAAUUCCCUCCAUUUCGUUCAUUCCGGCCAGUGCCUUCACUGGCUUUCCCAGGUUCCUCCAGAGCUGCGUGACAAACAGGAUCCGCUGAUAAACAAAGGGAAGGUUUUCAUCUCGAGAACGAGUUCACCUGCUGUAAUAGACGCUUACAAGUCCCAAUUCCAAAAGGACUUCUGCGCAUUCCUCCAGGCACGUUCAGAGGAAGUGGUUGCAGGUGGGAGAAUGGUGUUGCAGUUCAGGGGAAGACGUCUAGAAGACCCGGCCCCUGAUGAAAGUUGCUUGCUCUGGGAUUACCUAGGAUUGGCCUUCCAGGAAUUAGUUUCUGAGGGGCUCAUUCCUGAAGGGAAGCUGGACACUUACAACACACCAUAUUACGAGGCGUAUACUGAAGACGUGAGAGAUGAGAUCGAGAGAGAAGGGUCGUUUGCUGUGGAUCGCCUGGAGACCAUCGUGAUCCCAUGGGAUGGGUGUAAUGGAGGAGGAACGCAGUAUGACAGGGCGACCACAGCCAGGAACAUGGGGAAGGCAAUAAGAGCAGUGAACGAGGCAAUGAUUCGGAGCCAUUUCGGUGGAGGAGAUGUGGAGUUUGUGGACCGUUUGUUUCAGAAAUUUGGUAGAAUCAUGGUGGAUGACUCGAAGGAAGUUGAGCAUGUCAGUAUUGUUGUCUCUGUCAUCAAGAAGCAAUCAACCGUUUGA